CAUCACUUCAAAUCCUUCUAAAAAUCAAAGGCGUACAGCAACCCAGAGCUUGUGCUCUGUCUCAAACAGGAUAACUCCAGCCACCACCUUCCCUGGCAAAUGCCUCCCAGGAUGGGCAUGCUUUAGAUCCGGACUCCCGGCCCAUAGCCUGCCUUGGACUUAUGGAAGGACCCAGCCUCAUUUGCUGUUACUUGCCGCCUGCUAAAAAUGAUCUGGAGCAAGGAGCCAGCUCUCCCUUUCUCCGCCCUCCUCCUCCUCCUCCUCCUCCUCGUCCCUGACCACGCUGGGAGGGAUCCAGUGUCAGCCUGCAGCUGGCAUUGCAGCUGGUGUCCAGGCAAAGAAAGGGAGAUUGCUGCUUGGAGGCCAGAGGGCUCUGGUUUCCAACAGUUUAUUAAUAGCAAAUACACACUCCCAUGCUACACCCACGCCCAGUCCAGAACACGAGGAACUGGGCUCCUGGAGAGAAAGGUGAGAGCUAACAAUUGUAAAUUGGGGCUGUGCUUUUCCCUUGUCUGGGACCAGAUGGGGUAAAGGGGGCAAAAGUGGAGGGGUGGGGAGGGGUCUUCCCUGAGCAGAGCCACUUUCACCGUUCGUGCUGGGGUUAACCCAGAAAGUCCAGCAGCUCUGCUCAGGAUGUAGGGCAGCAGGGCUCCUGCAGGCAGCAGCUUCAUUCAUUUGACAGGGUUAGAAGAUCUGCCAGGAGUUUGCCUUCUUCAAUACAUGCAGGUCAGACUACCAGCCAUUCUGGUCUGUGCUGAAGAAUGUGUGGUACUUCACCACAGGACGAUAAGGAAGGGAUGUUAUGUGCCAGGGACCUGAUGGCAGAUUCAGAAGCCCCUUUGGAGCUGCAUGUGGAUGAUACAGGUACAUCCUUAGAGCUCGAGGGAGAUGUUACAGAUGCCCCGUUGGAGCCUGAAGUUGCACAUGCCCCCUUGGAGCUACAUAUGGAUGUCACAAACGCCCCCCUGGAGCUGAACAACACAGAUGCACCCUUGGAGCAGCAUGUGGAUGGCGCAGGCGCUCCCUUGGACUUAGAUGUUGCAGAGUCCCAGACUCUCAGCAUUGAGGAGCUAGGAGAGCAUUUCCAGGAAUGCAUUGAAGCAGUGGAGCAGCUGGAGAAGGAGAGAGAUAGCCUCAUCCAGGAACGCACGCUGCUCCGGGAACCUGCCCUUCAAGAAAUCAGACAAGCUCACGAGGAGAUACUGGCAGCCUACAGACUGCAGGCCAAGGUGGAGCUGGAGCGGGACAAUCUGAGGAACGAGAUCCGACAAGUCAAGCACAAGCUAUUCAAGGUGACCAGAGAGUGCGUGGCUUGCCAGUACCAGCUGGAAACCAGACGGCAUGACAUGGCCCAAUAUGCAGUCUAUCGGGCUGAACUGGAAACCAGGGUCAGCCAGCUUUCAGACGAAAUAUCGCAGCUGAGAGAGACUUGUGAAAAACAGAAGGAACAGUUCAGGCAGCGCCUGGAAAUGCCCCAAUACCGGGGGGACAGCCAUUACUUGCAGGAGAGCCGAAGGCUUUCCAUGGAGUUCGAGAGCUUUGUGGCAGAGAGUCGCCAGGGCCUGGAGAAACACUAUGAGCCACAGCUUGUGUGCCUUUUAGAAAGGAGAGAAGCCAGUGCUAAGGCUUUGCAACAAACACAGGGAGAGAUUCAGGGGCUGAAGGAGACACUGCGACCACUGCAGGGAGAGGCCAGCAGGCUGCGGCUGCAGAACAGAAGUCUGGAAGAACAGAUCAUGCUCGUUAAGCAAAAACGGGACGAAGAAGUUCUCCAGUACAGGGAACAGAUGGAAGAGAUGGAAGAGAGGCUAAGGGAGCUGAAAAAUGAGGUCCAACUUCAGCAACGUAAGAACCAAGAAUUAGAAGAGCUGAGGACCAGCCUGCACCAGGAGCUAUCUAUUUACAAAGGCUGCUUAGAAAUCUAUGGUCAUCUUUGCAACUCAGAAGAAAAAGCAGACCAGGACUGACCCAUGGACUUUCCUUAUUUUAUCAGAAAAUAAAUGCAGAGGAGCUCAAUGCGAAGGACUGAGGUAUCUGCAGUGGACACUUACUUUUCCCCUCUCCCUGCUCACCCCCUCCUAAAUAAUGCAUAGCAACUAUUUAAAGUCAGGAAUACCAGACAAUCAUUUGCUUGUUUAUAUUUCUUGAGGUGCUGCUCUGUUGAUCUUCUAGCAUGGUAGAAAAGAAUAAAGCUGCUGUCCUCCAGGAAGGCACAGAAAAGUACACUUGUACUAAACAAUGAACAUAUAAAGACGAAUGAUAGCUGUUUUGCUGUGUGUUUGGAAAGCAUAUCCGAUCUUGUUUUGUAGGUGGAUCAUAUAAGCUUGCACAGAAAGGGUCAUACAGAAAGCCAAUUUUUUUUUUGUUUCAAAGAAACACUUCAAAGAACUACUGUUGUUGCACCGUAAACAGGAUUGUUUCUUUUGUAGCUGAAAAGAUGACUGCUGUAUUGUGAUAUGUUCUAGUAGGGUCCAUAAACUGAGUUCCCAAAUAAAUUGUUUCCACUUUAUAUAAAAAUCUCACCUUGAAAAUAAGGAUUCAGGUUUUAAAGGCUGCUUGUAUAUCCCAAAGCACAUUCUGCCUCAUGGAGACUGCAACGUGCUCACAUGAUCAAAUCAAAACAGCUGUAAAUUUGUUCACACGUUAACAAUCAUCAUAGGAUGUAGACCUAACAGCCUAUUAACAAUUGUUAGGGGGAUUUAAGACCCAGGCCUGGUCUCUAUCUAAAACUUAAGCGGACCUAUGUUGUUCAGUGGUGUGGAACUUUCACUCCUGAGGGUGGCUUAACGACACCUCUAAGCCCCCGUGUACACACAGGUAGGUCAAUAGAAGAAUUAUUCCAUCAACCUACUUACUGCCUGUAGGAGGAAUGAACUAACUACAGCAAGAGAGAACCCCCUUCCAUCAUUGUAGCAAGUAUCUACACCAUGGCACUACAGCAGCACCACCACAGCAUCUGUAGUAUAGACACAGCCCCACUCAAAGCACCUGGGGAGAUUCAGACUCUGAGGUGUAAUUCUGAAAAGGGUUACUAGUCUGCUCAUGCCUUCUUGAAGGCCAAGCUUUACCUUAAUGUUGAAUGAAUCAGAACCACAAAGCCUUAUAUAAAAAGGUAAUCCAUGCUACAAAACCUUGAAUUUUAUCUUCUGACCUCAUGAAUAUCAAGGUUUGGGACUCUUCCCCCACCCAAGUCUGCCACACCAUUAGAACUUUGUCCUUGAGAGGGUGUGAACAGAAGAACUUUCUGAAGGCUAAAUUAUGGAUAGCUCUGUACAUGUACUCUAGAAGGAAUGGGCAAGAGCGCACCCUUCAUUCCUCCCCUAAUACGACAGCCAUAUUUUGGCUGCAGGGGGCACAAAGAAGAUGCUACAUGAUACUACUGCCAAUGCUAAUAGCCCCAGAGGCUGAUGGAGGAGCAGCCAUACUCCUGCCUCCUACACACCAGCAUUCUCCUGGCAGCAUUUGCAGGUCACAUCUUUUAAAGAACCUCCUGGAAGGUAUGUCUCCAUACACUGCUGCUCAGAAAGCAUCUCUAUUGUAAGAGGUACAAUUUUGCCUUGAGAAUGCACUUUUCCUGAAGAUAAGAUUCAAAAAAAUCAAAGCAGCACACCAUUUAUGUAGAAAAACAAUUUAUUCCAUCUGAAGCACUUACACAUAAUUAGUCAUGGAGAGUAACAGCCUACUGGUGGAACAGGUCACCCUAGUGGGAGAUGUGCAGAAGCUAGUGGUCAAGGACUAACUCCUAAAAAAAAAGUUGCUCAUCCACAUUUAAUAUUUUGUUU